UAGCCAUUUGGUGUUGAAUGUUCCCCUCAGAGAGCACAUGGCUGGGGAAGCUAGGUGCGGGCCGGGUCCCCGAGGGCCCGCCGUCCGGGAGGCGGUGCUUCUGCUCCUGUGUCUGGGGGUCCCGAGCGGGCGCCCCUACAACGUGGACACCGAGAGCGCGCUGCUUUACCAGGGCCCCCCCAACACCCUGUUCGGCUACUCAGUGGUGCUGCACAGCCACGCGGCGAACCAAUGGCUCAUAGUGGGGGCGCCCACGGCCAACUGGCUCGCCAACGCUUCAGUGGUCAGUCCCGGAGCGAUUUACAGAUGCAGGAUAGCAAAGAAUCCAGACCGGACAUGCGAACAACUCCAGCUGGGUAGCCCUAGUGGAGAACCUUGUGGAAAGACUUGCUUGGAAGAAAGAGACAAUCAGUGGCUGGGGGUCACACUUUCCAGACAGCCAGGAGAAAACGGAUCUGUUGUGACUUGUGGACAUAGAUGGAAAAACAUAUUUUAUAUAAAGAAUGAAAAUAAGCUCCCCACAGGAGUUUGCUAUGGAAUGCCCUCUGAUUUACGAACAGAAUUAAGUAAAAGAAUAGCUCCAUGUUACCAAGAUUAUGUGAGAAAAUUUGGAGAAAAUUUUGCAUCAUGUCAAGCUGGAAUAUCUAGUUUUUAUACAGAGGAUUUAAUUGUGAUGGGAGCUCCAGGAUCAUCUUACUGGACUGGCUCUCUUUUUGUCUACAAUAUAACUACGAAUAAAUACAAGGCUUUUUUAGACAAACACAAUCAAGUAAAAUUUGGAAGUUAUUUAGGCUACUCAGUUGGAGCUGGUCAUUUCCGGAGUCCACAUACUACCGAAGUAGUUGGAGGAGCCCCUCAACAUGAACAGAUUGGUAAAGCAUAUAUAUUCAGCAUUGAUGCCAAAGAACUAAAUAUCUUACAUGAAAUGAAAGGUAAAAAGCUCGGCUCUUAUUUUGGAUCUUCUGUCUGUGCCGUGGACCUCAAUGCAGAUGGCUUCUCAGACCUGCUGGUGGGAGCCCCCAUGCACAGCAUCGUCAGGGAGGAGGGCAGAGUGUUUGUGUACAUCAACUCCGGCUCGGGAGCAGUAAUGAAUGAAAUGGAAACAGAACUCGUUGGGAGUGACAAAUACGCUGCGAGAUUUGGAGAAUCUUUAGUUAAUCUUGGCGACAUUGAUAAUGAUGGCUUUGAAGAUGUUGCUAUUGGAGCUCCACAAGAAGACGACUUGCGAGGUGCUAUUUAUAUUUACAAUGGCCGAGCAGAUGGAGUAUCGUCAGCAUUCUCACAGAGAAUUGAAGGACUCCAAAUCAGCAAAUCAUUAAGUAUGUUUGGACAGUCUAUCUCUGGACAAAUUGAUGCAGAUAAUAAUGGAUAUGUAGAUAUAGCAGUUGGUGCUUUUCGGUCCAAUUCUGCUGUAUUGCUAAGGACAAGACCUGUAGUGAUUGUUGAAGCUUCUUUAAACCAUCCUGAGUCAGUAAAUAGAACAAAUUUGGGCUGUAUUGAAAAUGGAUUGCCGUCUGUGUGUAUGGAUCUAACAGUCUGUUUCUCAUAUAAGGGCAAGGAGGUUCCAGGUUAUAUUGUUUUGUUUUAUAACAUGAGUCUAGAUGUGAACCGGAAGAUAGAGUCUCCGUCGAGAUUUUACUUUUCCUCUAAUGGAACAUCUGAUGUGAUCACCAGAAAUAUAAAGGUGUCAAGCAAAGCAGCUAACUGUAGAACACAUCAAGCCUUUAUGCGGAAAGAUGUACGGGACAUCCUCACCCCAAUCCAGAUCGAAGCUGCUUACCACCUUGGACAUCAUGUCAUCAGUAAACGAAGCACAGAGGAAUUUCCACCACUUCAGCCAAUUCUUCAGCAGAAGAAAGAAAAAGACAUAAUCAAAAAAACUAUAAACUUUGCAAGAUUCUGUGCCCAUGAAAACUGUUCUGCUGAUUUACAGGUUUCUGCAAAAAUUGGGUUUUUGAAGCCACAUGAAAAUAAGACCUAUCUUGCUGUUGGACGUAUGAAGACAUUAAUGUUGAAUGUGUCCCUGUUUAAUGCCGGAGAUGAUGCAUAUGAAACAACUCUGCAUAUCCAACUACCUGCUGGUCUUUACUUCAUUAAGAUCUUAGAUCUGGAAGAGAAACAAAUAAACUGUGAAGUAACAGACAGCUCUGGCAUAGUAAAACUUGACUGCAAUGUUGGUUAUAUAUAUGUAGAUCAUUUAUCAAGGAUCAAUAUUAGCUUUCUCCUGGAUGUGAGCUCAUUCAACAGAGCAGAAAAGGAUCUCAAUAUCACAGUGCACGCUGCCUGUGCAAAUGAAGGGGAAAAGGACAACCUGAAGCGUAACAAACUAACUGUAACAAUACCUCUCAAAUAUGAAGUCAUGCUAGCUGUUCAUGGGUUUGUAAACCCAACUUCAUUUGUGUACGGACCAGGGGAUGAAAAUGAGCCCAAAACGUGCAUAGCAGAGAAAAUGAACUUCACUUUCCAUGUUAUCAACACUGGCUAUAGCAUGGCUCCAAAUGUUAGUAUGGAAAUAAUGGUACCAAAUUCUUUUAUCCCCCAAACCGAGAAGCUUUUCAAUAUUUUGGAUGUCCAGACUACUGCUGGUGUAUGUCACUUUACACCUUACCAAAGAAAGUGUGCAUCAGAGCAGCAAAAAGGUGCAGUGGAGACCCUGAAAGACAUAUUCAGGUUCUUGUCAAAGACUGAUAAGAGGCUACUGUUCUGCAUAAAAGCUGAUCCACAUUGUUUGAAAUUCUUAUGCAAUUUUGGGAAAAUGGAAAAUGGGAAAGAAGCUAGUGUUCACAUGCAGCUGGAAGGCCGGACAUCCAUUUUAGAAAUGGAUGACACUUCAGCUCUCAAGUUUGAAAUAAGAGCAACAGCUUUUUCAGAGCCAAAUCCAAAAGUUAUUGAACUUAACAGGGAUGAGAAUGUUGCACAUGUUCUGCUUGAAGGACUACAUCAUCAAAAACCCAAACGUCAUUUCACUAUAGUGAUUAUUACCAGUAGCUUGUUACUCGGACUUAUUUUACUUCUACUGAUUUCCUAUGUUAUGUGGAAGGCUGGCUUCUUUAAAAGACAAUACAAAUCUAUCCUACAAGAAGAAAACAAAAGAGACAGUUGGAGUUACGUUAACAGUAAAAGCGAUGAUGAUUAAAGACUUCUUUCCAAUUAAGAGAACUAACAACAGACUCAGGUUAUACUAAAGACAUUGUUUACAAGAAACUACUAAUUUUGCUGAGACUUCUUCCACUUGUGACCUUGUGGCAUGUUAUGUAUUAGUGCGAAUGAAAAAUCCAAGUAAUAUUCAAAAACCCAAGCAAUGUCUUCAAGAGAAAACCUGCAAAGGUAAUAUUUAAUAUAUCCAAAGGUAAUCUUUCAGCUCUUAAAUGGAUAGAAAAACACUAAAGCAUUCAAUUCAUUCAAGAUAAGUAAUCCCUCGAAGAUAUCUUGCAAUGGAAAUGCAAUGGAAUUAAAUCAUAUUGCAGAGGUAAACAACUCGACUGGAGAAGUCUUGGGCUUGAAAUAUCAUUCCUUUAAGAGAAAUAUUUGCCAUAUGUGCUUGCUUCAGUAAAAUUAAUUCCACUGAAUAGGUAAUGAUUCAUUUCUGAUAUCUGUUUGAAAAAUUCUGCUAAAUAUUUUUAAAGAACAUAAUUCAAAGAGCUGUUCCCAAAUUUUCUAAUGAAUAAAAGGAGACCAUUAUUUUA